CAGUGUUUUUUGCAGUUCAACUACCCAACUUCUACCAUGUCAAUUUUGCCAGAUUUUCCUCCAGGACCUCUGGAUUUUUACCGCACGAAAUCCUCGUUCGACUGGAAGAAAAUGAAGAUUUUUCUGGACACCGAAGACGGAGUCCAAUUUGAAAAAGAGAUUAGCAAGAAGCUGCAAACCCAUCCCGAGUUUCAAAAAGAUCUCACCUGUGAGGAAAUGGACGAGCAAAGACGCAUAAGCUUCCGACGACACCUCUACAACAUUAGAAGCGGCAUCUUGUCCGAAAACCAAUUUUUUGAAAAUUUUGCUCGCGCGAAUGUAUCUAGUCGUUUGAUGCUUCAGCUGUGUCCCUGUGCAGCCUUUAGAUUCGCUACAGGCAGUUUAUUCACUGGGGUUCUGCGAAGCCAGGGUGGGGAGCAACACCAGGAAAUUCUACAACAAGCGGAAAACGGAGACAUUAUUGGAAGUUUCUGCAUGACGGAGGUUGGACAUGGAAGUGAUAUUAAAGGGUUUAGAACUACGGCGACGUACGACAAAAACACGGACGAGUUUGUUCUUCACACUCCUGAUUUUGAAGCCGCUAAGUGUUGGAUUGGUUGUAUGGGGCAGAGUGCUUCGUACGCUAUAGUCUACGCACAGCUGUACGUAGACGGGACCCAUCAUGGUCUGCACAUGUUCCUCGUACCAAUUAGAAACCCAAAAACCUUGCUAACUUAUCCGGGAGUUGUAGCAACCGACAUGGGGGAAAAAAUUGGGGUUAAUGGAAUGGACAACGGGAUUCUAAUUCUGGAUAAGUAUCGAAUCCCUCGUGGGAAUCUUUUGAAUAAAAGCGCUCACGUAACGCCAGACGGGAAAUACGUGACCGCACACAAAACCCGUAAAGAAAAAAAUGGGGCUGCCUUAGGGAUUCUUUCCCUAGGGCGUUCCAAAACCACUCUAGCUUGUGAAACUACAGCAGGAAAAGCACUCACAAUCGCUGUCAGAUAUGCAGCGGUACGAAAACAGUUUGGUUGUGGAAAAGAAGAACAACCAAUUUUGGAAUAUCAGGCGCAUCAAUACCGACUACUUCCAUAUUUGGCUACCGCUUACACAACGCGGAUUUUUGGCAUGUUUUUGUUGGAAACGACGUACAAAUUCAUCUGGGAUGUGUUCAUGGGCGGGGAUAAAGAAUAUCUAAACGCUCUAGGUAAAGAAAUACAUGUGAUUUCUUCAGCUUCUAAACCAGCAGUUGGGUGGGUGUUAAGAGACGCGAUUCAAGAGUGUAGGGAGGCUUGUGGGGGCCAUGGAUAUCUUAAAGCUGCUGGAAUUGGUAACAUUAGGAAUGAUAACGAUUGCAAUAUGACGUUUGAAGGGGAAAAUCAUGUCAUAAUUCAACAGACUAGUAACUGGUUGAUUAAAUUAUGGCCAGAAGUUGAACAAGGUACGGAAAUUUCAACACCACUACACUCAGUAGAUUUCUUAUCUAAAGCGUCUGAAAUUCUGAAAAGUCGCUUCAAAGCAACCACAAUAGACGAAGUUUGUACUUCUGACAAUAUAAUGGCAGCUUAUCAGUGGCUGGUUUGUUACUUAUUAAAAGAAACCGCACUUAAAUAUCACACUCUGAUACAGAAAGAGGGUGAAUUUUGGGCCAGAAACAACACUCAAGUUUACUACGCUAAGAGUCUCAGUAUUGCUUUUGUACAAAAUUUUAUGCUUCAACGAACCUUGGUAACAAUUAACCAAGCCCCUGAUGUCUAUACCAAAGCUGUUCUCCUAAAACUGUUUUCUUUGUAUGGUCUUUGGAGUCUUGAGAAAUUUCUAGCAACUUUGUAUGAAGGCGGCUACGCUCAUGGUUGCCAACCGUCCCGACUAAUCCACGAAGCCAUUUUAAAACUGUGUAGCGACAUCAAAAACGACUCAGUGUCUUUAGUGGAUGCUAUAGCACCUCCCGAUUUUGCUCUAAAUUCGGUCUUAGGGGCUUCCGAUGGACAGGUGUACAAACGUCUAGAGCGUGAAUUGUUCCGAAAUCCCUACAAUUUGAGCAGACCCACCUGGUGGCGGGAGAUGAUAAACUGGAACACUGAUCACUCGAAAAAUAAGCUGUAA